AUGGACUGGCUCCUCGAUGGGUCAUUGCUGAGUAAUAGUGAGACCGAUCUCGCCAACGUUUUUGAAUAUGAGCCGAGAUCUGUCAAAGUUGUCCAAUUAGACGACGAAGAUGGGGAGCCCGAACAGUGGAAGGUGAAUGAUGAAGGUUGGAAGGAAUGGUUUCAUGAGAACCACAGAGACCUUGGCCAGAGUUAUAAGCCCAAGAUCACUGUCGUUGGCAUCUCUCGGACCAUCAGCCGUGGAGAUGUGGCAAGCUUUUGUUCGGGAGAUGUGGCUAUGGGUGAGCUUGAAGAGCCAGCUAUCGGUUCGACGAACGCUAUCGUCUUCGGCACCACUGCUGAAAUAGAGGAUGAGAUUAUUGACAGACUCUACUGCUCAUCCAGCGCCUUGUCACACCCAUUCCUACUUCCGGGAAUCUUCACUGAGCUAGAGAGAGAGAGACAGCUAAAGCGGCUCGUUGAGGAUACUCAAGGCGAGCUGGAAAAGGCUACAUACUACUUGGGUUCCGAUGAGGGAAGCGAAAGUGACCAGGCUGCUACCCAGCCAAUCAUUGACCUUUGGCUUAACACCACGGAGCUCCGAAAUGGCCUGUUCAACUGGAAGACACAGGUGGAAGAGAUGCUACUUCAUAUCGAAGGAAUGGCCGAGAGUUACUCAACAUCAAACGUCAUGGAUGGACGUUCGGCAUUUGCUUGUGCCGAUACCAAAGCAGAUCUAAAGCGGAAGCAAGCAAAAGUGAAUUCUAUGAUCAGAAACCGACUGAGGUCGAUAAUAAACGAGUAUGAGGACACUAUAAGAGACUGUACUAUGAGAUUAGACGGAAUGUCGAUGGCGACUCAGCUCUCUCAUGCAAGGACCAACAUGCAAAUUGCCCUGGAAUCCAAACGAGAUGGGAAGCGAAUGCAGAAUAUUUCCAUUUUCUCCAUGGUAUUUCUACCUAGCAUGUUUGUUGCAGUAAGUCAGAUCCUUGCCACUGCUUGUCUGGUAUCUUUCUUGAUACGUCUUAAGUACGGAAAUUGGAAAUCUGAUCAUCGCGGCAAAGUAUUCUAA